CUGCUGCCUUCACAACAUCUCUGCUUUUCUAUCGUCAUCAUGAGCAGGUCUGGUCAGCCCCCGGAUUUGAAGAAAUACAUGGACAAGAAGCUUCAGAUUAAGCUGAAUGCUAACCGGAUUGUAGUUGGCACCCUUCGUGGAUUUGAUCAGUUCAUGAAUCUGGUUAUCGACAACACUGUGGAUGUAAAUGGCAAUGAGAAAAAUGAUAUAGGCAUGGUGGUUAUCCGUGGAAAUAGCGUAGUCAUGAUUGAAACACUGGAACCAAUUAACCGAAAUCAGUAGAUAUGUUUUGGUUAUCUCAAGCGCUUUUUGUGGUUUAUGAUCAGAUAGAGGAUCAGUACAGUUGUAUCAUUGGAAGGAUAUCUGCAUGCACUUCUGAUGUGAGGUUAAAGUACUUAUUUGUGUGCGUUAAUUAGGGAUUAUUUGUUUGAAAAUCAAGUAGAUUAGCUUAACAUUACUGUCCUUUGGACACCU